AUGAUCGCCAUUGCAUACCAUGUGACCUUAGAAGAGACGGAGGUCGGCAAAGCCGCUUUUGGCUCAGUUCUGGUGCCCCGGCAGGCCUCCAUGCAGACUCUCUUUGUUCACUGCACCAUGCUGGAUGAGAUCAUCACCUUGAUUGUGCCCUGGACGGCUGGCUCCGAGAUGGUCAAGACUGAAGUUCAGUUGUCCCAGGAAUGUCUGGGCUAUUCAAAAUGCCCCAUUAUACGGUUGAUUUGCCUUUAA